AGUGGAUCGUGGCUUCAUUGAGUUAACUCGCACUCCCUGGUGUGAAGGAGGACAACUACAUCUUCAUCAGAAUACUUACAGCCAUGGUGACAGCUGAGAGUCUAAGAACAUGUUUAUUGGAGGUGAUCCUCUCACACCCAGUCUUGUCCUGUGUUUUACUUCUGGUCGCUCUUGCUUCAAUCCGCUGGUUAAUCAGAGAUUCUUACACACUGAGCGGCCUCAGCCAGAAGCAUGUGUUCAUCACUGGCUGCGACAGUGGCUUUGGAAACCUUCUGGCCAGACAGCUGGAUGAAAAAGGUGUCCACGUCAUCGCUGCAUGUCUGACAGAGAGAGGUGCAGCAGAUCUGACAGCGGCGGCCUCCCCCAGGCUGAAGACCCUCCUGCUGGAUGUUACAGACAGCUCGAGCAUCAGGAGGGCGGUGGAGUUUGUGAGCGGAGAGGUCGGAGAGCGAGGUCUGUGGGGUUUGGUGAAUAACGCAGGCAGGGCCAUUCCUAUCGGCCCCACAGAGUGGAUGCAGAUCGAGGAUUUCACAAAGGUGCUGGAUGUGAAUCUGAUUGGAGUCGUCGAGGUCACUCUGCAGUUUUUGCCCCUGCUGAAGAAGGCGCGGGGCAGGGUGGUGAAUGUGGCCAGCAUUCUGGGCAGACUGUCUGCCACUGGUGGAGGAUACUGUCUGUCCAAAUGGGGAGUGGAAGCCUUUUCCGACUCCCUCAGAUUGGACAUGAGGCAUUUUGGCGUCAAAGUAAGCAUCAUCGAGCCUGGUUUCUUUAAGACAGCCGUCACACAGUUGGAUCUCAUUGAAACCGACCUGAGGAGGCUUUGGAACCGCCUCCCUCAGGAGAUCAAAGACUCCUAUGGGGAUACUUACUUUGAUGAAUAUUUGAAAGCUCAGGACUUCUCCAUGGGCAUGCUGUGCAGUUCAGAUCUCUCUAAGGUGACGAGGUGUAUGCAGCACGCGCUGACCGCUCAGUUCCCACGCAUACGUUACAGCGCUGGCUGGGACGCUAAGUUUUUUUGGAUUCCUCUGUCCUACAUGCCUUCGUUUGCAUUAGACUUUGUCAUCAGUGUGCUUCUGCCUUCACCUAAGGGUGAAAAAGCAGCCAAGAAGGCGCAGUAAGACACUGUAAUGUUUUUGUAACGUGACAAUCAAACACUCAUUGUGACAAUACAGUAAAAAAAAAAAGGAGUCAAGACUGUGUUACAAAAUAGGAAAUGUAUUCAUUCAUGUUUCAGCAGCAGCAAUUUAAAACCAUGCGGGCAUGUUGUGAAUAAUCACAGUUACAGUUUUUAUUUGUUCUCAUUAUGAUACAAAAUAAAUCAUCCUGUGAUAAAUUUAUGAAACAUCUGUCCACGUCUGCAUCCUCAUGUCAUGUGAUGCUAAUCAACAACAUACAAAUUAAUUUCCAUGUGGCAAACAUGGGCACAUUCAAGUAUUGCUCCAAAACAUUUUGGCCAGUAUCCAAUGUCAUUCUUAAUAAUAAUCAUGUUGAUUCAAAGUCAUAAAGUCUGGGGUACAUAA